AUGAAGUUCUUCACGCUCCUUACCAUGGCCACAGCCGCUUGUGCUGCCACCAUGCACGCAAGCCACGCGAAGCGGCACCCCAAGAGACACGCCAGGAGGCACGCGAAGCACCAGUGCGGUGCCGGCGGAGCCCCCGGCGGAGCCCCCGGUGCUGGUGCCCCGGCCCCCAUCUUCUCUGAAGAGCCCACAGCUUCAUCGCACCUGAAAAUUUUUUAUUUCGCCAUGAUACUAACGCGACCAGGCGAAAUCGUCAACGCAGCCUGCGUCAACGAGGCCGCCGACAGACAGGUGACGCCGUCGACGCAAAACGGCACCCCCGUGCUCGUCGUCCAGCGCGCCUUCAGCGCCGGGUUCCGCCCGGACCUCGUCGGCGUGCAGGCCUGCGUCGGCUUCAACGGCACGCACUUUCGCGCCGAGGACUGCGCCGCCGAGGGCGGCGGCGUCGAGCUCGUCGGCUUCACGGGCGCCAAUGUCGUCGCGAGCGGCGGCGCGUGCCUCGACGGGCAUGACGAGCGCGCGCAGGUCACGGUGGAUGUCGCGGGCAACGACUGUGCCGUGUUUACGCCGACUGUCGUGACGCCUACUGCGCCUUAG